AUGAAUGUUUUAUCCAGUUUGUAUGAGACUGCAGGGAUAACAAUGGAGGCUGUCCUAAAAAUCUACUUUGUAGGAGGAAUGAGAUUUCGAAAAAUUAUUUCAGCGAAUGCGUUUGUCCGCUCGGCCUGUAUUACAACGGGUCUCGAUGCUAUGGUGACGAAUAUAGACGAAUGUAAAUACACGUCUGUAUGCCAAGAGAUGCAUUGUGGUUGCGUGAACAAAGUCGGCUAUUUCAAAUGCGUUUGCACGUCUGUUAAGCAUUACCUGAAGCACAUGCUGACAGCCAUCAUCAUAUUCGAGACUGUCAUCAUCGUGCCUCAAAUCAUCUUGAAUUUUUUUAGUUAG